AUGUCAGCCCCUCUUGCACUUCCCCUCCUUGGAAAGAAGGCCAUCGUGACUGGCGCCUCCCGCGGCAUCGGCGCCAGAAUUGCCCAGGCGCUCGCUCUGAGCGGCGCCUCUGUCGUUCUCGGCUACAGCUCUGGGGCCAAGGCGGCCGAAGAGGUCAUUGCGGCCAUUCAGGCCCAUGAAGCAUUUGGUGCCGCUGCAAAGGCCGCUGGCGGAAAGAAUCUCCGGCUGGGCACCGUCGGUGGAAAGCUGAGCGAUGCGGCCUCGGCCAAGAAGUUCGCCCAGGACAGCCUCGCCUUCUUUGAUGGCAACGUCGACAUUGUGGUCCACAAUGCCGCUAUUAUGGGCAUGCACGAGAUCGCCAGCAUCACCGAGGAUCAGUUUGACGAUCAUUUUAACCUCAAUGUCAAGGCGCCACUGUUCCUGACACAGGCCCUUUUGCCACAUAUCAACAAUGACGGCCGAAUUCUCUUCAUGUCCUCCUCCGUCACAACACAUCCGGUCGUAAUUGCUCCGGGCUAUGUCCCUUAUGCUGCGAGCAAGGGCGCGGUAGAACAACUGACCCGGGUUCUCGCAAGGGAUCAAUCAAUCACCGGCGCCCAGCGAAGAAUCACCGUCAACUGCCUCAACCCAGGACCCAUGUCGACGGAGCUGUUCCUCAAGGGAAAGAGCCAGGAGGUGCUGGAUCGCAUCGGCUCCCUUCACCCUCAGCAGCGCGUGGGCCAGCCAGACGACGUGGCAGAUGCCUUUGUCUAUUUUGCUGGUCCGACGUCGCGGUGGGUCAACGGGCAGGUACUGCGAGUCAAUGGUGGAAUGGCCGUUUGA